AUGGGUGAUUAUGAUCCUGAAGCAUGCAACACAAGGCUUCAACUUGGACUUGGCUCGGGUGGAUAUGCUCCAAGGCAAGAGAUGAGGAACAAGGAUAGGCCUCUGGUUUGCUUAGACCUAUUAUCAAUUGCACUUCUCCCAAAACAGGAGAAGAUUGCAAACGUGGAUCAUCACAUGGAAAACGGAUCGAGUAUGACGAUGAAUUUUAUCGAUGAAGAUGAUGAAGAUCGGAGCAGAACCACUGAUCAAGCCGAAAGCGAGAUCAGCAACAUCAAAGAUGGUGCAAGAAAGAAACUGAGGCUGACAAAAGAGCAAACAACUUUGCUAGAAGACAGCUUCAAGCGCCAUAGCACCCUUAAUCCGACCCAGAAACAUGCACUUGCUGGACUAUUGCAUCUGAAGCCGAGGCAGGUUGAAGUUUGGUUCCAGAACAGAAGAGCAAGGACAAAGCUUAAGCAAACAGAAGUGGACUGUGAGUUCUUGAAGAAGUGGUGUGAAAGUCUGAGCAAUGAGAAUCGAAAACUGAAGAAGGAAUUGCAGGAGCUGAAAUCGCUGAGUGUGAAUGGGGCGUCAUCAGCACUGUUGACACAUCAAAUCCCGAAGACCACAAUGCUUACAAUGUGUUCGUCGUGUAAGAAAAAGGCAAUAGCUGAUGAACAAUAUCCCAACAAUGAAGCAGCAGCGAAAGCAAUAAAACAGAUGCCAGAAGAUCUUCUCAGAGUGGUCCGGAAUGAUAGAGUUCAAUAAAAAGCAGCAGAUCGAUCGAACGGCUUUGACAGUAACAUAAAUAUUAUACUGAGAUUGAUUUCGAAUAGGUUCAUAGCCACGGCCA